AUGUUGGGAGAUCAGCAUGUUGAGCACUCUACUCAAGAAAGAGGUGAUGAAGAUCACGAUGAUGUCAUUGAUGCAAAGCCAGACAGAAGUAGCAGAUUAUCACUUUUUGGAAAAAAAAAGAAGAAUGGAGAAGAAGAACAGCCGAAGUCCUCUCUCAGUAAUCAGUACCGAAUUGUUACACCCACAUUCCAGUAUAAUAUGGACUAUAAGAAAGUUGGCAAAUGUAUUAUUAUAAACAACAAAAAUUUUGAAGACAAAACUGGAAUGGGUACACGCAAUGGCACUGAUAAAGAUGCUGGAGAUCUGGCUAAGAGUUUUAGAAACUUAGGUUUUGAGGUUUACACAUACAAUGACCGAAGCCGUGAUGAUAUGGAAAAAUUACUGAAGAAAGCUGCUGAGGAGAAUCACAGUGAUGCUGCUUGUUUUGCCUGUAUCCUUCUGAGCCAUGGGGAAGAAGGCCUCAUCUAUGGCACUGACGGACCCAUGGCUAUCAAGAGUCUGACUGCGCUAUUCCGAGGAGACAAGUGUAAAAGCCUUAUAGGCAAACCCAAGUUAUUUUUCAUUCAG